AUGGACGAGAAGGGCACAGUGGACGAGAAGGACGUCAUACCCGAGGCCCCGCCGCCCUACAUUGCGGCCGCAGCUGAGCAUGGCAUCCGUCUCCGUCAGAGCGCACCACCCCGUCCUGGACCAAGAAGAUUCGAGCUCCCCGUGAUCGCACAUAUCAAGGAAAAAAGAGCAAUUCUCGCGUCGGCAUCACCAAGGAGAAAAGCCCUGCUGGCACAGGUCGGUCUUACCAAUCUAGAAAUCAUCCCCUCCACAAAGCCCGAAAACCUUGACAAGCUCGCCCUCGGUCCGCUGGAGUAUGUCGCCGCAACCGCGCGGCAAAAGUGUUUGGACGUCUACACAUCGGCGAUAGAAGCGCAGAACAAGGCCAUCGUGGCCAAGGAGGCCAACCCGCCCGAGGAUGUCGAUCUGGUUAUCUCAGCCGACACCGUGAUCGUGACGCGGGACGGACGCAUCCUUGAGAAGCCGCGGUCCGAAAAUGACCACAUAGCCAUGCUCAAACACUUGCGCGACACAGAGGUCCACCGCGUGCUGACCUCGGUAUGUGUUCUCGCGCCCAGGGAGGACGCGGUUCACCCUGGGUACGAGAUGGAAGUGCACACCGAGGAGACAAAGGUCUACUUUGCGCAGGAGAGCGAGGGCCUGCCGGAUGAUGUCAUAGAGUCCUAUGUCAAGACGCGGGAGGGCGCGGACAAGGCUGGAGGCUAUGCGGUGCAGGGUCUGGGUGGCCUGGUGCUGGUGUCGAGGAUUGAGGGAAGCUUUGACAAUGUAAUUGGGCUGCCGGUGAGGAAAUGCCUGCAGCUGGCAGAGAAGGUCAUCUUUAAGCAACAUGGCCAGUACGACAUUGAGCCAAGUAGCGAGGAGGAAGAUUAA